AUGAGCGCCCUUGUUGAUGGAGCCAACUGGCAAGAAAGAGCAGCUAAGAAAAGACAAGAAUGUGCCAACAAAAUCCCAGAAGAAUGGAAAAUCCCAGCACAGCUCCUAGCUGAGCUCGAAACACCUUUCGCGGAUAAGAAGAAUGAUCUAAUCAGAGCCCAAACAAUUCGCAAAUCCGGUAUUCUAACCGACCGAGAAUUGGAAAUUACCGAAGACUAUCAGGUCGACGAUUUGAUUUCCGCAUUGGCAGAUGGAAGCUUGACGUCAGUAGAAGUUACUCUGGCGUACUCCAAACGUGCAGCUUUGGCCCAGCAGUUGGUAUCAUGUCUGACGGAAACAAUGUUUGAAGAAGCCCGGGAACGGGCGGUAUUUCUCGAUGGUCAGCGAGCUCAGGGUAAGCUCGUAGGACCGCUUCACGGCCUUCCUAUCAGUAUCAAGGAUAACUUCAACUUCAAGGGAGUGGAUUCUACGAUUGGAAUGGUAUCUUUCUUAGAUGAGAAAUCACCGGAGAAUUCACCACUUGUGGACAUCUUACUAGGCUUGGGUGCAGUUCUAUUUGUGAAGACAAACGUGCCCCAGACAAUGAUGACAACUGACUCACACAACAAUGUUUUUGACCGCACUAUCAACCCAUGGAAUACCAAAUUGGGCCCUGGUGGCUCGAGUGGCGGCGAGGGUGCUUUGAUCGCUCUCCGCGGAUCCCCACUUGGUGUGGGAACUGAUAUUGGAGGUUCCAUUCGAAUCCCAGCACAUUGCUGUGGACUAUAUGGAUUCAGACCAAGUGCUCAACGAGUUCCAAACGGUGGAAUGCGUGGUUUCAACACCAGUGGAAUGAAGUUCUUGCUUUCUUGUGCCGGUCCACUGUCUUCUGACCUCAAUGGAAUUGAAACGUUUUUCAAGUCUGUUUUCGAGACCGAGCCCGGUCGUCUCGAUUCCUCCGUUCUGGAUAUCCCAUGGAGAGAGGUCCCCGUUAAAUGCUCGACCUUGAAGAUCGGUGUUGUCCCCGAGUCCUCGAUCUUCCCUCUCCAUCCACCUGUUCGCAGAGCACUGACAGAGGCCGUCCGCUUACUAGAGGCGCAGGGUCACCAGAUUGUCCAACUUACCGAGGAGGAAUGUCGCAUCGUGGAAUCCAAUGAGAUCGGGUGGUCACUUUUCGGCUUAGAUCAGGGCUCUCAAAAACAUCUGGAGUCCACUGGUGAACCUCCUGUUCCUGCGAUGCACUACCUGCACAAGCAGGCCGAGAAGCUCAUGGGGUUUUAUAAACCAACGUUGCCAGACACAACCUCUCUCGAUCCCCUGCACAAGCUGGCCUUGCUCAAUACUCACCGCGCUAAUCUACGGGAAGCGUAUCGAAAGAUGUGGUUAGAGCAUGACCUUGAUAUCUGUAUCGCUCCCCCUGCUCAAACGACAGCUGUUCCUCACGACACCUUCGGCCUGGCGCCUUACACCACUUUCACCAACGUUCUAGAUGUGAGUCAGAUCACGGCUGCGACUUUGUGCUCAAGCUCUAACACCUAUCGCAGUAUCCAUCUUGUAUCAUACCAUUCGGGGAAGUCGGCAAGCAGGAUGCUAAUGAAAGCUUUGUGGCUAAUGAACACCAACUUGGGGCUGACUGUGAAUGACUUUGAACAACUUGAAGGGACACCUUGUUCCAUUCAACUUUUCACAACCACUAUGCGCGAUGAAGAGUGCCUUCAAAUGGCCAAGCAGAUCGAUCAAUGUCUGAAGAACAGCAUUUAG